AUGGAACAAAGGAACAAUGUGACCGAGUUUGUGCUCUUGGGGCUCACUCAGAGCCUCCAGGGUCGGAAAAUACUAUUCGCUGUGUUCUUGCUGAUCUACCUGGUAACGAUGGCAGGCAACCUGCUCAUCGUCCUAACUGUGGUGCUCAGCCCAGCCUUGGAUGCCCCGAUGUUCUUCUUUCUUGGCUACUUAUCAUUUAUGGAUGCUGUUUAUUCUAACACAGUUAUCCCAAAUAUGAUGAUAGACUUACUCCAUGAAAGGAAAACCAUUUCGUUUGAAGCUUGUAUGAUGCAGCUUUUUUUUGAACACUUCUUUGGUGGUGCUGAGAUUUUGCUCCUGGUCAUCAUGGCCUAUGACCGCUAUGUAGCCAUCUGCAAACCCUUGCAUUAUUUGACCAUCAUGAACCAGCGGCUCUGUGUUCAGCUGUUGGUAUUGGCCUGGGCUGGAGGUUUUGUGCAUGCUCUGUCUCACAUUCUUUUUGUUUACAACCUUCCUUUCUGUGGCCCCAAUAUCAUUGACCACUUCAUCUGUGACAUGUACCCCUUAUUAAAACUCGCCUGCACUGACACCUACAUUAUUGGCCUCACAGUGUUGGCCAAUGAUGGUGCCAUGUGUGUGGUCAUCUUUUCACUCUUACUAAUCUCCUACGGGGUCAUUCUGUGCUCCCUGAAGAACCUGAGUCAGGAAGGGAGGCACAAGGCCUUAUCCACCUGUGGCUCCCACAUCACGGUGGUCGUCCUCUUCUUUGUUCCUUGCAUUUUUGGGUAUGUGAGACCUCCCUCUACCUUGCCCAUUGAUAAAUCCUUGACUGUGUUUAACACGGCUAUCACUCCUAUGUUGAACCCCCUCAUCUAUACUCUAAGAAAUGCAGACAUGAAAAAUGCCAUGAAAAAGCUCUGGAAAAAUCUAAUUGAAAAUACGGAUAGAAGAUACAACCAAUGUGGCCAGGCAUGGGGUUUGGCCGGGCUCCUGAUCUCCUAUGAUGAGUAUACAGCAAAGGCUUAA